AUGUCUGCCAUCCCAAGUCGGGAGGUGACGUCGGCGCAAGUUUCAGCAAUUUCCUUCGGUUUCUACAGUGACGAAGAGAUACGCGCACUUAGUGUCAAGCAGAUCGUGAGCCCCAUUGUGUUUGACAACCUGAGAAAUGCAGUACCUGGAGGCCUAUAUGACCCAGCCAUGGGGCCCCUGGAGCAGCAGGGACAGUGUGCCACAUGCAACCAGGGCUACAUGUCCUGUCCAGGGCACUUUGGACACAUUGAGCUGGCAGUACCCGUGUACAAUCCUCUUGUCUUCACGACGAUGUAUAAGCUGCUCAGAUGCACCUGCCUCCACUGCUUCAAGCUCAAGAUGCUCCAAACAGAGGUGGAGCAGUACAAGCGGAAGCUGGAGCUUCUGGCGGAGGGGAAGCUGGUAGAGGCGAUGCAUGUUGUCACUGGAGGCAGCAGCGCCACUGCCAAAGCUGUGGAGAAGAUUGGCGCAAAGCUGGCGGGUCUAGGGGAUGUUGAGGCUGCAGAGCGCCGCAGCUCCCAUGCAGCUGCAUCCACCUCCGCCGCAUCCGCUCACCGGGAGAAGAUGACUUCCCUCUCCCUCGAGGCCAUCCGAGAGACCGUGGGCGAGUUCUUCAGGCGCAUGCCUGUGCAGCAAUGCGCCAACUGCGGCGCUCAUGCCCCCGUCUUGAAACGGGACGGAUGCGCGAAGGUAUUCCAGAAGCCGCUGGACUUUAAGAAGGUGGAGAAGAACCGAUCGAAGGGCAUUGAAGUUACCAGCGCCCUUAAGACGUCCCGCAAGAACGAGAAUCUAAAUCAGUUGCACGUGCAUAGGCCGCGGUUCAUGACGGUGGCGGAGGUGCGCGAGGUGAUGCGGCGCAUGUGGACGCGAAACGCCGACGCGCUGUCGCUCAUGUACGCGCAGGACUCGCGGCUGCGCAUCUUUGGCUUCAGCGCAGGCGCCGGUGGGGCGCAGCCGGGGGCGUUCGAGGAUGCGUACAACAUGUUCUUCCUGCAGGUCGUCCCCGUGGCCCCCAACCGCGUGCGGCCGCCCAGCUUUAUUGGCGACGCCGCCUUCGAACACCCCCACAACAUCGCCCUCACCCGGAUCAUCAAUGCAAAUCUGGAGCUGGUGAGCCAAGCGGCGGAGCCGGUGGGGGCCACAGAGAAGAUUCCGGAGAACAGGGUGGUGCUGCGGCAGAAGGGCCUGGCGGACAGCCUCAGGACAUGGCUGGCGCUGCAGGGGCACGUCAACUCCCUCCUCGACUCCACCACUGCCGGCCCCGGCGCCAAGGGCGAUGUGCAGGGGAUAAGGCAGCAGCUGGAGAAGAAGGAGGGUCUGUUCCGCAAGAACAUGAUGGGCAAGCGCGUCAACUUUGCUGCGCGCUCCGUCAUCUCCCCGGACCCCUACCUGGCCGCGGGGGAAAUCGGCGUGCCGCCCUACUUUGCCGUGCGCCUGUCCUUCCCCGAGCGCGUCACUCCCUGGAAUGUGGCGGAGCUGCGCGAGAUGGUGAUCAGGGGUGCUCAUGAGCAUCCGGGCGCAGUGGCAGUGGAGGACGAGCUGGGACGAGUCAUCCUGCUGCACAAGCUCCCGCUCAAUAGGAGGGAGGCGGUGGCGAAGCUGCUGCUGUCCAAGGCAGGCAUGGAGGAGGCCGGUGCGCGCGGGCGGAAGAUUGGAAGCCCGGUCAGCGGCGGGAGCGGCGCGGGCAAGAUUGUGUACCGGCACCUGCGAGACGGCGAUCUGCUGCUGACUAACCGUCAGCCCACACUCCACAAGCCCGGCCUCAUGGCCCAUCGCGCACGUGUCCUCAAGGGAGAGCGGGUGAUCCGCAUGCACUACGCCAAUUGCGCGACCUUCAACGCGGACUUUGACGGCGACGAGAUCAACCUGCACCUGCCGCAGGACAACCACGGCCGCGCCGAGGGCUACGGCAUCGUCCACGCCGACGAGCAGUACAUCGUGCCCACAGACGGCAAGCCUGUGCGCGGCCUCAUCCAGGAUCACGUGGUGGGCGGGGUGAAGCUGACAAAGCGGGACACCUUUUUGACGCGGUCGGACUUCAUGCAGCUGGUGUACGCAUGCUGCUCGCCCGCACGGCCCGGCCUCAAGGACGUUACCGACCUACAAGUGCCCCCUCCCACCAUCUGGAAGCCGCAGCCCCUCUGGACCGGCAAACAGGCGAGCCACCUCUUGACCUACAUAUUCACUUUGGGGAUGCCACCGCUGACGCUGCGGGCGGGGACCAAGGUGCCGGCGGACUUCUGGGGCAAGGGCGGCACCAGCGGCGAAGGCAAAAUGCUGGUGGUUAACGGCGAGCUCGUGACCGGCGUGCUCGACAAGGCAGUCUUUGGCAAGUUCGGUCUCGUCCACGCCGUGCAGGACCUGUACGGCAACGCGGUGGCGGGCAGCUUCAUAAGCGCGCUGUCGCGGCUGCUGACGUACUUCCUGCAGAUGCAAGGCUUCACCUGCGGCUACGACGACCUGCUGCUUGUCAAGCGGGCCGAGCGUGCGCGGACGGAGCUGCUGGACACCGCGGAGACGGCCGCACUGGCCGCCUCGGCGCGCUUCGAGGAGGUUUGGGAGGGAACGCGCGGCGCGAUUCAGAAGGCGCUGGCGCAGCGGUACCGGCAGAGCAAGGAGGCCGGGGCAGGGCACGAUGCGGUGGCGACGGCGGCGCUGCACCCUCUGGGCAGCGACGUGGUCAAGGUCUGCCUGCCAGAUGGGCAGCAGAAGCCUUUCCCGCUCAACUGCCUCUCCCUCAUGACAGUCUCUGGUGCCAAGGGCUCCAAUGUCAACUUCUCCCAGAUCUCCGCCCUGCUGGGCCAGCAGGCAUGCACCUCACUUCCUUUGCUUCCUGAGCUGGAGGGCAGGCGAGUGCCGCGGAUGGCAUCAGGUAAGACGCUGCCGUGCUUUGCGCCGUUCGACCCGGGUGCUCGCUCCGGCGGCUUCAUCGGCGACCGCUUCCUCACCGGCCUCAGGCCCCAGGAGUACUACUUCCACUGCAUGGCGGGGCGCGAGGGGCUGGUGGACACGACGGUGAAGACUAGCCGCAGCGGCUACCUGCAGCGCUGCCUCAUCAAGAAUCUGGAACCCCUGCGCAUCCACUACGACCACACCUUAGUGGUGCGCAGGUCGAUUGUGCAGUUUGCGUACGGGGAGGACGGCAUAGACGUGACGGCGCGCUCGUUCAUGCGCGAGUUUGGGUUCUUGGCGCGCAACGCCGACCGCUUCACGCAGCAGGUCGACCCGGCCGGCGCCGAGCGCGCCAGCCGCCUCAGCAGCCUUGGGCAGGUGAACAAGGCUGCGCGCGAUGCGCCUCUGACGGCAGACCUGCCGCUUACGGCGCUGGGCGUGACGUCGGAGGCGUUCCAGGACGCGCUGGGCAGCUUCGUGCGCUCCAACCCCGAGGGCGUUCUGCAGAGCGCGGCGAAGAAGGCAGCGGAGGCCGACGCGGCGGCUGCGAGCGACCUUGCGCCGCGCUCGCCGGAGGGCUUUGCGCGGCUGAUGGAGCUCAAGUUUCUGCGCGCGCUGGCCGCCCCGGGCGAGGCCGUGGGUGUGCUGGCCGGGCAAAGCAUUGGGGAGCCCUCCACCCAGAUGACCCUCAACACCUUCCAUAUGGCAGGUCGCGGUGAGGCGAACGUGACGCUGGGGAUUCCGCGGCUGCGUGAGCUGCUGAUGACGGCGGCGCAGAGCAUCAAGACGCCUAUCAUGACACUGCCGAUGCUGCCGGACCGCGACAAGACCGACGCUGCCGCCCUCGCCAACCGCCUGCGCCGCCUGCGCCUCGCAGAGGUUCGCUGCCGCUAUAAGUUGCUCUCUUUUGCCAAUGGGGGCAGCGGCGGCAGGGGCCGCGAGUACAAGGUGGCCAUGCGAUUUGCAGACCCUGCUAAGUACCCCCCAGAGGCCAACAUCUCCUACGAGGAGGUGGUGGAGGCGUUCCAGGAGCCCUUCCUGCACCGGUUGAUGGCGACGCUGAAGAAGGAGAUGCGCAAGCUGAGCCCCAGCGAAGCAGUCGGCAGCAUCUCCAUCGCCAAGCUCGGCGGCGAAGAGGAGGGCUUCGGCGCCUCCGGCCCCGGCCCCGGCGCCGGCAGCGGCGAUGACGACGGCGCCGCGGCCGCGCGCAAGAGCGAGAAGGAUGACGAAAAUGAGAACGAGGAGCUGGAUGAAGAGAAUGUGGAGGGGAAGCUGGCGUGGCAGGGCGGGCGCACAGAGGAGGCCACCUACGAGGCCGGAGACGCAGAGGACAAAGCCGCCAGUGCAGCCGCGCAAGCACAGGCCGCGCGGCAGGCCGGCGAAUACGAGGAUGAGGAUGAAGACGGCGAAGUGAGACCCGGAAGCGAGGAGCCUGCACCGGACGCGGUGGCGCCAGCGGCUGAGGCAGCGGGCAAGGGUACGAAGAAGGGGCAGGACAUCCGCGCCAUGUCUCGCGUUGACCUGGAAGCACGCACAUGCGAAGCUGCGCUGACUGUGCCCCUAGACGCGCCCAAGGUGCUCAUGCUCAAGCUGGUCGAGCAGGCGGCGGCCGAAACUCUGCUGCGCGCCACUCCCGGCAUCGAGCGCUGCUAUGUGGUGGAGAAGAAGCCGGGAGAGAAGGGCCCCGCGGUUACAGUCCAGACAGACGGCAUCAAUUUCGAGGGCGCCUGGGCCAACUAUGACCUCGUGGACGUCACAGCCGUGACCGCCAACGAUGUGGGUGCGGUGCUGCGCACGUUUGGGGUUGAGGCCGCACGCGCGACCGUGGUGGCUGAGGUCAGCUCCGUCUUUGGCGCGUAUGGCAUCGGCGUGGACCCACGCCACCUCAGCCUCAUCUCCGACCACAUGACCCACCAGGGCGGGUACCAGCCGCUGAAUCGCAUGGGCAUCGAGGGCAGCGCGUCGCCCUUCCUCAAGGUCACCUUUGAGACAGCCGCGCACUUUUUGACCGACGCCACGCUCAAGGGCUCCACCGAUGACCUGGCGUCCCCGGCCUCGCGCAUCGUGGCCGGCCGCGUCGUGGGCGUGGGCACCGGCUCCUGCGAGCUCAUCCAAGCCCUCUGA